CGGGUCCAUUGUUGGAAGCAUCGCCUGACCUUUGAGCUCUUUCUCCUCCUUCGAUUUGAAGCUGUUUCUCUUCUCUCCCUUUGCCACACUGCUACGGCUUCCCUUAUUUUUUGGUUCCACUGACUCCUCAUCCGUCUCCACACGCCUUGCGCUCACAGUGUUUGAUGCCUUGGGCUUGGCUUCCUUGGCCACUACAGUUGAACUCGCGGCCUCCUUGCCCUUUGGCGAAGACUUUGGCGGCAAAGGCUUUCCUGUGUUGCCACAGCUUUCUUAUGUACAACUUCUUCCCUCUGCUCCUGCUUUUCACGUUGGCCGCCUUGCCAUCGGAUCCGUCCAUAUCAGCCUCAUCCUCUUUUUCAGCCAACCUCUCGUCGAUGUAACUGGCACAAACCAGGCGAUAUCUCUUGAGAGAGUUUCUGUAGGCUACUUUCCAUGUGACGGUAUUGCCGCAAAGUCCGAGGCAUUUGAUUUCGGCCUCAUGGUAGGCGCAGGCGCGGUUGCCGCUGCUUUUACCAAUGUCUUCAGGGAUUCGGUUGAUGCACAUGUUGGUUACGUCGUCUUGGCUGCUGUCGCAGGCCUUGACAUAUUCGAUGCCGUUAUUGGAGGAGCCACCACUCUUGCCUUGGAUAAAACUAAAGUUCAGAAUAAAGAUAAACAGAAAAAGUGGGGUUGAUAAUUGCCAGUACAUAUUUAAAAAAAAAAAAAUUUAGUGCGGUUUAUUCUUUGUUGUAGAAAAGAAAGUGUUAGUAAAGCUGUAAAAAAUU